AUAAACUAAACAUGUAUUGGUGACGUUUUUCACAUAGUAAAAAAUCAUUCCUUCCUGAAUCACCGAAUUUUGCCACUAUAACAUACUUUACCACAGCCCAAAGCUCCAAAAUCAAAGGAAUCAAAGAUGUCUAUGGAUAAGCACCUCUUCAAUUUGAAGUUUGCAGCAAAAAAUUUAGAACGAAAUUCUAAAAAAUGUGAGAAGGAGGAAAAAACAGAAAAAACUAAACUAAAGAAGGCCAUACAGAAAGGAAACAUGGAGGGUGCUAAAAUACAUGCUGAAAAUGCUAUAAGGCAGAAAAACCAAGCAUUGAACUUUAGACGGAUGAGUGCAAGAAUCGAUGCAGUAGCACAAAGGGUUCAAACUGCAGUAACUAUGAAACAAGUGACAGGAUCAAUGGCAGGUGUGGUUAAGUCCAUGGAGGGUGCAAUGAAGUCUAUGAAUCUAGAAAAGGUGUCACAACUUAUGGACAGAUUCGAACAGCAAUUUGAGAACUUAGAUGUGCAAUCCCAGGUCAUGGAAUCUACCAUGAGCAACACAUCAACUCUGACUGCACCACAAGGUGAAGUGGAUAGUCUAAUGCAUGAAGUGGCUGAUGAACACGGACUUGAGUUGAACAUGGACCUCCCCUCUGUACAAUCGUCGACUGUAGGUACAGCCAGUGCAGCCUCACAGGAACAAGAUGAACUAUCACAAAGACUUGCUAAAUUAAGAGCCAUGUAACAUACUGCCAGAGGUUAUUUAAGAUCUACAGGAAUAUAUGUUUCUGUUAUCUGUAUAGAAC